CAAUCCACACCUCGGCUUCUUAAAAUAGAGCGACGACACGCUCUCCCGCACAGCCCGCGGUCGAACAAUGGGGUCGCUGCGGAAGAUAGGCGCGCUUGAUUGACAGCUGGGGUGUUCUGAGCAGGGCCGGGUGCGCGGCGCUCUCCGCGGCUUAUAUAGAGGCUGGAGGUGGGGAAGGCAGGAGGAGAGUGCGGCGGGCAGGCAAAGAAGGCAGGCAGGCAGGCAGGAAGGAAGGAAGGCAGGCAGUUAGUCAAGGAAGGCAGUCAAGGAAGGCAGGCAGAGAACUCUACGAGGGAAGCAGGCAGGCAGGCAGGCAGGCAGAGUCCCUGGAUCCCGGGGGCUGCCCGCCCGCCCGCCCAGCGCCGACUUCCCCUGCGGUUUCCUUCUCCUUCGCUCACCUCCCGGGGCUCCGCGGUGCCCCCCCGAGCUUUCCCCCCGCCAUGCACUGCCAAGGUGGGCUCCGGCUGCCUUCGCCCGGGCAGCAGCUGAAAGCAGCCAGGCGGCGCUACAAGACCUUCAUGAUCGACGAGAUCCUCUCCAAGGAGACCUGCGAUUACUUCGAGAAGCUCUCGCUCUACUCCGUCUGCCCCUCGCUGGUCGUGAGACCCAAAGCUUUGCACUCCUGCACCGGUCCCUCUUCUCUUCGGGCUUAUCCACUCAUCUCUGUCAUCACCAGACAGCCUUCAGCCGUCUCUCACUUCAUUCCUGCAGUGACCACCUCUAGGGUUCUCUCACCACUCCCACCUUCGGCGGGCACCUGUUCAGAGACCCAAGCCAACGAAACUCAUGGAAGCAGUGAAUCCGAGACAGAGCAGCCCACCCUCCCCUUGAAAAAGCCUCGCCGCAGCCGGACCAUCUUCACAGAGUUGCAGCUGAUGGGACUAGAGAAGAAAUUCCAAAAGCAGAAGUACCUGUCCACCCCAGACAGGCUGGAUCUUGCUCAGUCACUCGGCCUCACUCAACUCCAAGUGAAAACCUGGUAUCAAAAUCGCAGGAUGAAAUGGAAAAAAAUGGUCUUGAAAGGCGGACAGGAGGCCCCCACAAAACCCAAAGGCCGCCCAAAGAAAAAUUCCAUUCCCACCUCAGAGGAAAUCGAAGCGGAAGAAAAGUUGAGCAGCCAAACUCAGCCAGAGGUCUUGAAGGAAAGCCAAUCAGAAGAAGACUGUGGGUUGACCAAGGAGCAGUUGGGCUCCUUUUCAGAAACCGAUGGAUCUCCUAAACACAUAGCAGAGGCAUCUCCAGGGCUGACAACCUCAAGUUAAGAGCCAUCUCAAAGCUUCCCCAGGGGACAAUGCAUAAACUGGAUUUCCCUGUACCUUGUGCCUUAAGAAAUCAAUCGGUGUGGUAGGUGACAGUUGGAUGAGAAAAUCCAAUGUUAACCAGGAUGAUUUCUUGACUCCCAGGGUCAAGGAUACACUUUCCCGACACAUAUCCUGGAAUCUUUCUCCAAAUAAACUGCAUGCUUAGAGAUUGGAGCUUCCGAAACACCCAAGCGAGUCAACUCCUCAUGCUUUCAUGAGAAGAAGUGUUUUAAGGACUUCAGCAUGCUGAAUAUACUGGUUCUUUAUCUUGCCAUAAUUGCUGUUGUUGUUAUAAUUGUUCAGGAUGCUUUAAAAUGGAUUCUAAGCAGCAACUACCAAAGACAGAGAGAACAGGAUUCCCACUGUUGUAUUUUGUAAAAGUGCCAAUGCAAAGCAUUUUUCAUGGGCCCUUCAAAACAAGGGGAUGUCAGUGGUCUACCAUUAUGCUGGCCAGUGAGUGAGCCUGGUGGCAGUCAAAAGAAAUAUUAAUGAUGCUCUCAAAUUGUGAGUCUCAGGUGAGCUCAUUCCUUAAAAGAUCAUUUAAGCCACCAGGAAAGGGAGAACAAACAACUGUCCUAGGAAGAGCUCCCUUGACAGCAAAUAUAUUGAUUUGGUCAACAGAGAUCGGGGGGGGGGGGGCUGCUUUUAGAUAUUCAGUAAGCUGAAGUUGCAAUCUAGAACUAUGGCUGAUAUGCAUAGUUCCAUCCUGGCUACUCUUUGUCUCCAUUGCAUUGUAAGUAAAUUAUAUUGUUCCAUGCAAUACCAAAAUCAACAUCAGAGGUUGGAAUUUUGAGGAGCAUGUCAAGGCCCUAAGUGUUCUGGGGUUGAUCAGUGGCAGGUUUGAAUGGAUACUGCCAACCCAGCUUUGCCAUUUACUCAACUUGCUUUUCUGAGUAGAAAGGCAAAACAAGAGGCAGGUGACAUAAUAGCAUUCUCCAAUCCCCUUGUACUCUCUAUCUAGAUCAGGGGUCUUCAAACUUGGCCCUUUUAUGACUUGUGGACUUCAACUCUCAGAAUUCCUCAGCCAACAUGCCUGGCUAAGGAAUUCUGGGAGUUGGUCCACAAGUCAUAAAAGGGCCAAAUUUGGGGACCCCUGAUCUAGAUUGUGGUCCAGGUUUGACUUAAUAGAAGAGGCUUGUGUGGGGGUAUUGAAGACUGAAAAGGGAUCCAGUUGGGCAUAAGUAUGCCCUGAAAAGUUCUUGCACUAGAGUCUUCCGUAACUGGAUCACUGCCAGGCUGACUCAUUUCUUCUAGAGAACCCUUGAGUCAAUGUGUAUAGCAGAAUGCCAGUGCAUGCAGUUUAAUGGUUUCUUUCAGUAGAGAAAACAUUACUGGAUCUCUGCAGCAAAUCUUCCCUUCAAUCAUCUGGAAUACUGUAUUACCCUGGAAAUGAAGUGGAAAUUAAUAGGGGAGCAAAUUGGGCUCCAAGCAAAACACCAGCAUAUAGUAUUUCCCCGAGGGUAUCUGUGCAAUGAACUGUUAAGAAUUUAAGCUGCCAUAAUCAAAAGCCAGUUUACCCUUUAUACGUUCAGCUCUGGCCAGUUUAUAUUAAGGAGCAGCAACUAGGGUUUUCCUUUGGCCUCAGUUGCUCUCUUCUUUGUAAGUUUCUUCCAUUUUUUAAAAAAAAAACGAAAUCAUCAUUUUAAACAAUGCAUCAAAGGCAUGCAUCCAAAUGGUAUUUGAAAGCUUGUUUUAAAAAUGUUCUUUGUUCCUGCACACAAUUUGUAUUUUUUAAAUGUUUGUUUCCCUCGAGGGAAGGGCUUGCAAAUAUUUUUGAUGUCUUUGUGCCAAGACUGUAUUAAAAUUUUUGGUGAGGGCAGUAGCUUCAGAGUUAUUUGAAUUUUUAAUCUAUGUGCAAAUGGCUGAAACAAAGAUCAGGUCAGUUCCUGGGAUCUGAAAUUUGUCAGUGUAGUUAUUACUGGAAACAGCCCAAUCUCACAAGCCUCUCUUUGUAUAAGAAUGAGGCAGUAAUUGCUCACUUGUUGGAAAAAUGUCAUCACUAAUUCAAUUAACCAUAUUUUUCUAAGUAAUGAGAUCCAGAAAUAGACAUGCUAUUGUGAUGCAAUCCAGUUUUUAAAGAAAAUAUACCUGUGAACCAGACCGGGGGUUCUUGGGACUGACAGAAGAAUCAAGAGAGCAGGCACAACUGUCUGAGAGCUGCCCUUAUUUUACCGGGUUGCCCAUCUGAUGCAGAUGAGGAAGGGGCGGGGCUUUGAUCUAGUCAUUGGGACUGCCAUCUUGAUGUUCCUGACCCCUUGGUGGAUGGCCCUGGAGCCAACAUUCAAACCGUAACAAUAUAGAUCAGGGGUAUCCAACCUUGGCAACUUUAAGACUUGUGGACUCCAAGUCCUAUAAUCAGAUCAUUUCAGAUCAGCUCAGGGAGAGUCUUUCUGCCCAUCACUUUCCACUGGAUUUGGAAAGUUCCAGUUGUUGUUGUUGUUGUUGUUGCCAUUUCUCCUGUUUAGUAAUGCUCUUCAGAUGAGAAGGGCUGAACCAUCCAUCCUUGACAUCAGCAGGAAAACAAGUCAUGAACCUGGGAAGAAAACUUUGCAGGAGAGGAUUGCCUUUUAUUUUCCAGUCCUGUGUGCCAAAGUUUAAAUAACUAUCUUGUUUCCUACAGUCUUGUUAAAGGGUGCAUAUUUUGCCCAGAUGCUGCAAAGAACUGUAUCAAGAUAACCUUUAUUUUUUAAUUAAAAAUAAAAUGUGUAAAUAAAAGAGUCAA